AUGUAACACUGGAUUGUUUUUUUUGGCCCGCUGCGAAGCUCCCCCGCACUAUCCUUCAUAAUCCACGUUCUCUCUCCCUAUCUGUCACGAGCUUCAACUUCGUUUCUUCCCAUCUCUGAAGGGCCUAAUCUCCACCCCCCCCCCCCCUCCCUCUUCCGAUUUGGCUUGAAAUUAUAGGGAAUUUGUUGAUCUGGUUUGUUUCGGAUUUGGUGCUCUCGAUCUGUGAAUCGAUCGAGCUUCUUUGAUCCUUGCCGCCUUCCCGUCUGAUCCAUCGGUCAAAAUGCCGUCUGUGUACGGAGCUCGAUUGACGACAUUCGAGGACGCGGAGAAGGAGAGCGAGUAUGGAUACGUCCGAAAGGUAUCAGGACCAGUCGUUGUAGCAGAUGGAAUGGCAGGGGCAGCCAUGUAUGAACUGGUUCGUGUUGGUCAUGACAACCUUAUUGGGGAAAUCAUUCGAUUGGAAGGGGAUUCUGCUACCAUCCAAGUUUAUGAAGAAACAGCUGGGUUGAUGGUAAAUGACCCUGUUCUGCGAACACAUAAGCCUUUGUCAGUGGAGUUGGGACCUGGAAUAUUGGGGAAUAUAUUUGAUGGCAUUCAGAGGCCUUUGAAAACUAUUGCUAUAAGAUCUGGUGAUGUCUACAUCCCCCGUGGUGUCUCUGUCCCAGCCCUUGACAAAGAUACACUUUGGGAGUUUCAACCUAAAACUUUGGGUGAGGGGGAUCUUCUAACAGGUGGAGACUUGUAUGCUACUGUUUUUGAGAACAGUCUAAUGCAGCACCAUAUUGCGCUUCCUCCUGAUUCUAUGGGGAAAAUCACUUACAUUGCACCACCUGGUCAAUACUCUUUGAAGGAUACUGUGUUAGAGCUUGAGUUUCAAGGUGUCAAAAAGCAAUUUACAAUGCUUCAGACUUGGCCUGUGCGUACACCACGGCCUGUUGCGGCAAAGCUUCCUGCUGAUACUCCUUUACUAACUGGGCAGCGUGUUCUUGAUGCCUUGUUCCCUUCGGUUCUUGGUGGUACUUGUGCCAUCCCUGGUGCAUUUGGUUGUGGGAAAACUGUUAUUAGUCAAGCUCUUUCAAAGUAUUCUAAUUCUGAUACUGUCGUUUAUGUUGGCUGUGGUGAAAGGGGCAAUGAAAUGGCUGAGGUUCUUAUGGAUUUUCCUCAAUUGACAAUGACAUUGCCUGAUGGUCGUGAAGAAUCCGUUAUGAAGCGAACUACACUUGUGGCUAAUACUUCGAACAUGCCUGUGGCUGCUCGUGAGGCUUCCAUUUAUACAGGAAUCACACUCGCUGAAUACUUCAGAGAUAUGGGCUAUAAUGUUAGUAUGAUGGCAGAUUCAACUUCUCGUUGGGCAGAAGCUUUGCGUGAAAUAUCGGGUCGGCUGGCUGAGAUGCCUGCGGAUAGUGGGUAUCCUGCUUAUCUGGCAGCACGGUUAGCCUCAUUCUAUGAGCGUGCUGGUAAAGUGAAAUGUCUUGGUGGGCCAGAACGCAAUGGUAGUGUCACAAUCGUUGGUGCUGUUUCUCCUCCUGGUGGAGAUUUCUCAGAUCCUGUGACGUCUGCUACCCUCAGUAUUGUGCAGGUUUUCUGGGGUCUGGACAAGAAACUUGCCCAGAGGAAACAUUUCCCUUCUGUUAAUUGGCUGAUUUCUUACUCAAAAUACUCCACGGCAUUGGAGUCUUUCUAUGAACGAUUUGAUCCAGAUUUUAUUGACAUCAGGACAAAGGCCCGUGAAGUGCUGCAAAGAGAAGAUGACUUGAAUGAAAUUGUCCAGCUUGUCGGAAAGGAUGCUUUGGCUGAAACUGAUAAGAUCAUAUUGGAGACGGCAAAGCUUCUGAGGGAGGACUAUCUUGCUCAGAAUGCAUUUACUCCAUAUGAUAAAUUCUGCCCUUUCUACAAGUCUGUUUGGAUGAUGCGCAACAUUAUCCAUUUCUGUAAUUUGGCCAAUCAGGCAGUGGAGCGAGGAGCUGGUAUGGAUGGCCAAAAGAUAUCUUACAGCCUUAUCAAGCAUCGGCUGGGAGAUCUAUUCUACCGAUUGGUAUCUCAAAAGUUUGAGGACCCUGCAGAAGGAGAAGAUGUUCUUAUUGCAAAAUUCAAGAAGCUAAACGAGGAUCUGACUACUGGUUUCCGCAACCUUGAGGAUGAAACUCGAUGAUUGAAGAUCCAAGACCUGUCCUCACAGAUUGUCCUAUUGGCAAUUCUGAUCCCCGGGGCUAUGCGAAGUCCGAGUUGUUCUUUUUUCCGUUUCUCUGGGUUUCGAGAGCCACGCUACUGUGGAAGGACCUUUGUGCUUCUCAGUGUCGAUUGGCCUUUUGAUUCAGUUGGGUCGUGUAGCCAUAGUAUAUAUUUGUUAUUGUGUAAUCUGGUCAAUGAUAGGUAUUUAUGAAAAAUAAGAGCCCAGGUCGCUCUUGAUUUUUUCCCCUUCCCUUCAUUUUGGUUUAGGAAAUAAGAAUUGAGUUCGGUAUUAAUGCUUGUGGCGGUUGCUCUGUACAAGUUCUUUAUAUAAAAUAUUCAAAACUUUUAUGAUC